CCGCUAUCCGUUCACUUGAUUUUCGCAUUAUUUGUCUUUCGAUCGUGGACGGGAGCAGACGAAAGUCGCGAUUUUUGCGUUUGCAAUACGUUGAUCGUGUCGGUACGUCGUUUCGAUAGUCUUGAUGUUUCAGCUUCAUGCACAUAGCUUUUUCCUUUCAUUAUUUUUAUAUCUGACUCAUCAGUGAAGUUGUUGAUUGCAGAAUACUCGUUUAUUAAUCUCGCGUGAGAAAUAAGUGGCAUCUUUAAUUAAAAGAAUACAUCUCGGUGACAAAGACGUAUCAGAACCGGUUUCGAUGGAAUUUACUAUCGGCUUGUAAAGUUGUGCUUUAAGUGAUACAACUCUGAAAUCAGUGAUACCGCGAAGUUCGGUCGAUACCCUUGGUACCACAAAUAAACAAAGUGAAAAUCGAUUUUUUUUAACUAAUAACGUCAUCGAGUCAUAGAGAGGAAAAGCAACACGAACAUGUCCAACGCGAACCAGAACGACAAGAGUGUGGAAAUCAUUAUUGAAGAAUCAGCUGAACACAGUAAUAGCGGUGAUAUGGAUUCGAAACCGACAGCCGCCGUGGUUCCGGUAGUGCCGGAAGCGGUUAGCAUCCCAAAACCGGAAACCAGGAUGCCAAAGCCAAGUGGCGGUAAUCGGAGCAGACCGUUGAAACCAGACUCCAAUGGAACACGUGCAAGGUCUGGCAGUCGCUCACCCAAUCGACGCAAUCGCCGUGAUACCACUGCCGCCCAAAACGAUGCCAUUCCCUUGCUCCCUACCGAUGAGGGUCGAUUACCGCGUCAAAAGCCGCCCACAACGGGCCCCGAAAUGGACGAGGACGAUGGACCGAUUGAUAUCGGAGGGGGAGAUUACGAUAACAGAGGGAUCGACGACGGGUUUCUCCCACAAAAACCUAGCCGAGACGAUCGGGACCGAGAUGUCGGUCGAAGGUCUCCCGGUAGAAGGAACAGUAACCCGAUGGGACCAUUUCCGUACGCUCCCGAAUUUGGACCGCAAUUGCCUCCGAUUAUACAAACAGCCGAUGGAGCGCGAGUGAUUCCCGAUGUGAACGUGUACCAGCAGAAGAAGAAUCUCGCUCAAGGGAUGAUGGACUUGGCAUUGCUCUCAGCCAAUGCCAAUCAGCUACGCUACGUGCUCGAGUCGUAUUCGCGUCAUCCGUAUUUCUACUUUAGUUUGACUUUCAUAGCGACCAGCAUCAUCUGCCAGGUGGCCGUUGGGAUUGGGUUGAUCUGGAAGAGUCGAUACAAUAUCAAAAACCAGGACGAUUUCUGCAAAGCUGAUCGAAUCAACAAUAUGGUGACGAUAGGAAUCUUCGUCAUCACGCUAGUGAACGUACUUAUAUCGGCGUUUGGGGUGGCAGAGCCGACCCAAGCAGUGUAGUUGGUAAUUGAAACUCUCUAAAGCUACAGUUGGUACUAUGCAUUUAAGUUGUACAUUUUUAAUAAUAACACGAAUCUCACGUAUUCAAUAAAGACAUAUUGAAAAUCGAAA